AUGGCAGAAGAACUCAGUGCGCCUCCGGUGCUUUCAACGCCAGAGACACACAUCCUGAAUGAAGGUAUCCCAGACGCUGUUCGACACAAGGCCUCAGAAAACCUGUCUGAUCAAGAUCUCAACGUCAGAUAUGAAAUCAACAGAACGAUCCAAGAGAUUCGCAGGAGGAAAUGGAGACGAGUGGCUUUACAGUUCCCUGACCACAUGCUUCCGCACUCUGCUCGAGUCUACCAACUCUUGUCUCGAGGCUUACAAAGACCAGCACCGACCGAGGAGGACGUCGCCACAAAGUCCCCUGAACCACUCGAGACUGAUAUGGGUAGAUUGAGUGUUCACGGCGACGAACCUGUGAAACUGACAAUCCUCGGUGACACAUCAUACGGAUCCUGUUGUGUGGACGAAAUCGCCGCCGAGCAUGUCGACGCCGACUCUGUCGUCCACUACGGCCGCGCAUGCCUCUCGCCAACGGCAAGGCUACCAGUCCUACACAUCUACACCACCAUGCCCUUGGACCACGACGACGUCGUGGCCAAUUUCCGGCAAUCCUAUCCAGACCCAAACACCAAGGUCAUCUUGACAGCAGACGUGCCUUACUCGGCUCAUGUUUCUCCAUUGGCCCAAAAGCUGCAAGCGCUAGGCUACGUCGCCAUAUUCGCAGCAUCCAUCGUUCACGAUCCAUCAUCGGCAAUACCAAAUCGAACCCUUCCCCCGGCGGUGUCGGACGACCAAGCACACUUAUCCGAAUGGAGUCUCUUCCACAUAUCCGAUCCGCCGACCUCCCUUCUCCUCACGCUGACAUCUCGUCUGUCUCAAGUGAGGAUCUAUAGCACGGAAGGAUCUAAUGCUAGCUCGAGCAGUACUACGGCAUCAACAGCGUUGGAGAACUCUACCCGGCUCCUCCUCCGCCGGCGAUACGCCCUGAUCACGUCCCUGACAACGGUCCCGAUUUGGGGCAUCCUGAUCAACACCCUAAGCGUUAAGAACUACUUGAGUAUGCUAACCCAUAUCCAACGCCAAAUAGCCGCCGCCGGAAAGAGAUCCUACCUGUUCGUCGUGGGCAAACUCAACCCGGCCAAGAUUGCCAACUUUUCCGAAAUCGGCGGAUGGGUGGUGAUAGGGUGCUGGGAGAGUUCGCUCGUUGACAGUAAAGACUUUUACAGACCCAUCAUCACACCGUUCGAAUUGGACUUGGCUCUGCAGCCUGACGACAAACGCGUGUGGACAGGCGAGUGGAGAGCCGACUUUGAAUCCGUUCUCGAAGAUGCCGCGAAGCGCGAAGACUCAGGUCAAUCUGCACCGUCGGCGGUCGACGGCGAAGAUCAAGAAGGAACAGAGUCCGAUGUCGAAAGCGCAUCUGACGAUUCAGAGUCGGAAUCGGAGCCCCCGGAAUUCGACUUCCGAACAGGCCGAUACGUAUCUCGCUCGAGACCUGUGCAAAGGGCGAGUAAGGCUCGACGUUCGGUGGCUUCAUCGUCUGCCGGGAAUGAUGCAUCGUCUUCCAUGGCGUUGACGAAGCGAUCAAAGGGUGACGUAAUUUCCGUGAAUGGCAUCGUCUCGCCCGCUGCCGAAUACCUGAGAGAAAAGCGAGGCUGGACAGGUCUAGGCAGCGAUUUCGAGGUCAAGUACGAAGAGGAGGGAGAACAAGUCGAAGGCGGUCUAGUUGAAGAAGGUCGUACGGGGAUUGCGCGCGGCUAUACAGUCGGAGAGUCGACUCGAUCGUGA